GUCCUGAUUGGCCGCUGAAGGAGGAGACAGUAGAUAGAAUGUGAUAAAAAUUUCAUGGUCUCCUCUGUCAAAUCAUCAAUGCCCAGGAAGCUUGAGCAGACACACUCUAUUGCUCCCACCCACAUGAAUUUUACUGAAGUCAAAAGUUCCUUUUUCAUUUCACAGUUAAACAGCAAUUUCACCUGACGCGGCUGAAGGCCUCGCAGAAGGUCAUAACUGCGUGUAAUACAAUAAGAGACCGAGAGAAAGAGACACCUUUUUCUUUUUUUUCUUUCCUUUUUUCGGUUUUCGUUGAGUGAGAGGAAAUUUGGAAACGUUGUGCAAUGGCGCCACAAAAGUUUUGAAAGGUUGUGAGUGUUUUGCCAACAAAGCAUCUUGAGUCGGUCCGAGGAGAAGAGGUCUCCAUGUUGCAUCCAUACAGAAUGGAGAGCUACCUCAUUCCACCUCACUCAGAAGAAAUGUAUGACCCAGAGAUCUACAGACAUCAAAUUGCGGAAUAUUAUAAUCCUUAUGUCCUUGAUACGGAUAUCCAGGCAGACCACUGGGAGUACCACCCUCACCCUCACGUGCAUCCUGUCGAAUUUGAAAACCUCCAAGAAACAAACUUCACAGAGCUGCAGAGUGUGCAGGCACUGCACCCGCCGGGCCUCAUACGGCACGACGCCAUACGAUACGACGCGGAAAACCUGCUCGACCCGACUCUUGGGGCGCAUGCACAUGUGCUACAGCAACCAGUUGCCUUCUUCCCUCGGACGGUGUACAACACGCCGCAUGUGUCCCAGCGCAGCUCGGACGACGAAGACCACGGGGGACAACUGGAGGUGUCCGACGAAGAGUGUGUGAGAGAUCGGACUUACGUCACACCCGGAGAGCUGGGAAAUAAAAAGAAGAUCCGUUUGUACCAGUUCCUUUUGGACCUUUUAAGGAAUGGUGAGAUGAAGGACAGUAUCUGGUGGGUGGACAGAGACAAAGGGACAUUCCAGUUUUCCUCCAAGCACAAAGAGGUGCUUGCACACCGCUGGGGAAUCCAGAAGGGCAACCGCAAAAAAAUGACCUACCAGAAGAUGGCACGCGCGCUGCGCAACUACGGCAAGACCGGAGAGGUGAAGAAGAUAAAGAAGAAGCUCACGUACCAGUUCAGUGACGAGGUUCUGGGGAAGACUCAUCUGGAGAGGAAAUCAUACGUGUAAACGAAGCGGAUUGGGAAGAUUUGAACUGAGAGCUGUAGUUUCUGGCGUUCGAUGCUUAAUCGAUGUGUUCUGGUGAAUGUUGUAGCAUUUGGUGACUAGCAUCUAUCUACCAUGUACUGCUGUACUUUGAAAACACAAGGUAAUGCUGCAUAGAACUGGACACAGAUAACCAAAUAUCUGACAAAGUAAUUGUCACCAAUAAGAAAAGAAUCAUACAAAAUGUCAGUUUGGUUUGGUGUCAGAGAGAAACAGUGUGGAAAUACAGUCAGUAUUGAUUAUAAAGAUACAUAGACUGCUAAAAAAAAGCCCUGCUCUUUCUUUUCCUUUUUGUCUUCCUCAGUUUUUGAAUUAGUAUUUUAAAACCCACCCACUACCAGGUGGUAAAAAAGAACUGCUGAGCCUCAUAUACAGUGCAGUACACACAGAAACUCUGUUUAUGUCUCACAAAACAGCAAGUUAUCAGUUUGAAAACUAGGAUAUUUUAAGAUUUUGUUGUGUUAGUGUGAUAGUAUAAUACAAUAAUAAGAAAAAAAACAAAAACAGUUAUGAAGUCCAUGAAGACAGGAUUUAUUGCAGUCCUCUGAAUGUAUAUCUGUAUAUUUAAAAUGUCGCCGACUGCAGCUGACACGAACACAUGAGCCUGUACAGGCUUGCAAACAGGAAGCAUAAAUAGUGGCUGUUUUAUUUUAGUGUACAGUAUGUGCUGGGUGAGCGACUUUCUUUGAAACGAUAAGGCCGUACCUUGAAAUGAACCUUAUCCUGUGUUUAAGAUUGAAUUAAGAUUUUUUUUUUGCUGAAUAAAAAGCAUAAAAUCACACUUUCGUAUUUCCAAACUGGGUUAUCUUAUUCUCCACUUUUCCUUUUGAGGAUAUUUUUGCUAUGUGGAAGAGAAUAUGUGUCACAUUUGUUUAUUUUGCCUUGGCCAUAUUGAGACUGUUCUCAUGGUUAAUACAGAGAUGUGGCCAGCAGGGGGUGGUCACUUCAGACAGGCUCACUGGACUCUCUUAUCGACUUAUCGUGUCUGUGUAAAGCUUAGUAAUAAAUUGAUGAUAUCUCUGGACAGUGACAUUUAGUGAUUAUUCCUUUACAGUCAGAAACAUUUGACUGGUGCUGGUUAUAGACAAUGUAUCAGUGAUGUAACUAUACUAGUUGUUGUUUUGGACAUGCAAAAGUUCUCUUUUAAUUGUAGGUCAUGGUACUGAUUGUAUAUAUAUUUACAUUUACACUGUCAUAUUUAAAACAGCAGGGGAGACGCCAAUGAGUCCUUACUGUAAUCAUGUUUAUUCUAUACCAUUAUAUACCUUUACCACGGUUAUUUACAUUUGUAUAAAUACAUGGAAAAUCUGACUGUUGUAAUUAAAAGAUUGCUUGUAAAAAUGAA